UGAUGUUUGUGAGAUCAUGUGACCUGGUGCGUGCAGAUUUGGUAUUGUGAUCUAGAUCUAGACCUCUAGAUCUAUUUUUAAGAAAUCAAGGUCUAGCUGUUUAUGGAUAUCAUCUGAAUAUUAAAGGGUACACAUCUUAAACAAGAGGAUGAAUUUGCUAUCAGUAGCAAUCUUAGUUUUUCUCUCCAUCUUCACGGUUUGUCAUGGAAAGGACAAAGCAUCUCUGCCCAACAUAGUCAUCCUCUUUGCUGAUGAUGUUGGCUAUGGAGACCUGGAAGUCUACGGACAUCCGACAUCGUCGACUCCGAACCUCACAAAAUUAGCUGAAGGAGGGCUAGUGUUCACUCAGUUUUAUGCAGGAGCUCCAGUGUGCAGUCCUUCCAGGGCAGCCUUGUUGACGGGUCGCUAUGCAGUACGCUCAGGAAUCUACCCAGGAGUUCUGGUCCCAACCAGUACUGGUGGCCUACCCCACAAUGAGACAACCAUCGCUGAGAUCGUCAAGACCAGAGGCUACAGCACAUCCAUGGUCGGGAAGUGGCAUCUAGGAGUUGGGGAGAACGGAACCUAUCUCCCAACCAACCAGGGCUUUGAUGAGUACCUUGGUGUGCCUUACUCCCAUGACAUGUGCCCUUGCUACAACUGCUUCUAUCCGAAUGACCCCUGUUGGAACACCUGUGACUUGAACUACACCUACUGUCCCUUGUUCAACAACACGGACAUCCUAGAGCAACCAGUCAACCUGACCACUCUGGAUGCUACGUACGUCCAGCGAGCUAAAUCAGUCAUCCAGAGAAAUGCCAAUGCUGGCACACCGUUCUUCCUUUACUAUGCCUUCCAGCAUGCUCACCAUCCACAGUUUGCAAGCAAGGAGUUCCGCAAUGCCACGGCCAGAGGGACAUUUGGAGAUUCACUUGCGGAGUUGGAUUGGUGCGUUGGUCAAGUAAUGGAGCAGCUGGAGUCAAGUGGAGUCCUUGAUAACACUCUUGUUCUCUUCACAUCUGAUAAUGGGCCUAGCUUGCGAAAUGAGAACAGAGGCGGGAAUGCUGGGCUCCUCAAGUGCGGGAAGGGCACCACAUACGAGGGCGGACAGAGGGUACCAGCUAUUGCAUACUGGCCUCAGCGCAUCGCUCCAGGCCGCACCACUGAGCUGGCUGGCAACAUGGACUUUCUACCUACCAUUGCCAAUCUUGUUGGUGCAACGCUGCCCUCAGUAGCUUUAGAUGGAGUAGACAUGGCACCUAUUCUCUUUGAAGGAAAGAAGAGUGCAAGGGACACAUUCUUCUACUACUUCACCGAACCCAACCCCAAGUAUGGAAUCUAUGCAGUCAGAUACAAUCAAUACAAGGCACACUAUUACACCCAGGGCCAGCAGAACUCGGAUGAAUUUAAUCAUGACAAGGACUGCCGACCUUCAGCCAACAGGACGCUGCACGAUCCUCCCCUGCUCUACGACCUCGACCUUGACCCCAGCGAGAACUACAACCUCUCGUCAAAAGAGUACAGCCAGAUUCUAGCCAAGAUCCAAGAGAUUAAAUCACAGUUUGAGAGCACUAUGGUCUGGGGUGAGUCUCAAGUGAAAAAGCCUACGAGUACAGCAGUUGAACCGUGCUGUAAGAAGGACUGUACUCCGUUCCCAGAUUGCUGUCAAUGCCAUCGGCCGUCAUGGUCGUCAUCAAUUUUGUCAACCCUUGGUAACAAAGAUUUUGCCAAAUUAAGAUGGACUAGGAAUUAAUUGGACUAUUGACUAUCAUUUGACUUCAUUGCCCAGUUUGAAAUUAUUUGGCUGAUACAGCGACACCUGCUUUAGCAUGCUACCACCUGUAUAGGAAGACCAACUGUCUGUAAAGACCACAUCUUUGUUUCCUUUCUCACUAAAAGGUGUAUUAAAGAAACCUGUACAUAAAGACUGCUUUUCUUGUUUCCAUAGAGCAGUAUUUAUAUACAGGUUUCACUGUAUGUAAACAAAGAAGAUCUAGCUUUACUUCAGGUAAAGAUGGGUGGCUGGUUCGUUCCAUUAUUAGAUUGUUAUGGGAUGCAAAUAUAAGAUCUAUAUUUUGUACUAUUUUUUUACUUUCCAUUUGGAAGUUUGACACUUUGCCUUCAAAAUUCUUAUGAUAUACAUCUCGUUUGCAUCUUAUAACCAUAUCACUAUCAUGCUCUCCAGCAUAGUUAUACCUUGAAUUGGGUUUGGUUUCCUGGUCAUGUAUGCAUGUACAGAUCUUGUAUGCAGCUUUAAGGUUGCUUGAUAACUCUGAACUAUUUUGCUUAUAUAGCGCCUAACACUUACAUUAUCAGAAGUCUCCAAGCACUCUACAAUAAUGCAGCAUAAAUACCCCAACUUUAGCAGAGCAGCUGUCAUGCGCUCUGCGUUUCAAGGAAUAAAUUCAUACCAGGUCCCCACAAAGAACAUUAGUGCGGCGGCGGGACUUCAACCGCAGACCUUGUGAUCGACAGUCCAGCGACAUAUCCACUCGACCAUGACACCUCUACAUGCAUCCUACAUUACUUAACACUUCACUGUAUAAUGCUAAUGCUUUAUGUAAGGCUUUGAAUGGGUUAACAAAUUAUUUAUGAAAUAGAAUGACUCGGUGCAAAAAGAUUUAAACUUUGUACAUUCAUUUAAAACAAGUAUAACAGACAAUAAAGUGAGCAUGCUGCUUCAAAAUUGAGGUUCAAUUUCCCAAACAUUAUAAGGCCUGCUGAUUUUGUAGCACAAUUUAGGAUUUAAAGCCGUAUUUUCCUUUCGUUCUGAUGGUUUUCUAUAUUUAAUUGUGAUUGAUUGGCAACCUUUCAAAGUUAUAAUGUAUAUAAGGUAUAAUCGUAAGAAUUGUAGUUUUUAUGACGUGCCAUUAUCGUGAUAUUCCUUGUACCGGUAUCUCUUUUUUAUCAUUGUUUUAUUCCAAUUCAAAACACUGUAUGUGACAAGAUAAAAUCCACUAACUAAAUGGUUUGGUCCUGUCUUGUUCUUUGUGCAAUAUUGUACCGAAACUGCAAGUCUUGAUUAUAAGGAGCACAUGUAUAUUUUUCUAAUGAGUAUAAUUAGAAGUGCUUAAUGUGUGUGGAAAUUGUAUGGGCUUCUUUUGACUGAUUUUAUUGACAGAAUUUAUUGGAAUUACAUACAUGGAGGGGAUAAUUUUAUAGUUUUUUUUUGUAUGCAAUGUAAAAUGCAUUUGGAUGAAAUGACUUUUUUCCUCCUCCCCAACCCCCCCCCCCCCCCUCCUCCUCCUUGCCUCUUUUUAAAAAUCUUUCUCUCUCCCCCUCUCUCACAAUCUCUCUUUUUCAAUAGUCCCCUCUAUGUCUUAAAUAUGUUGAUACCCUUUUCUCACUCGCCACUCUCUUUCUCCCCCCCCCCCCAUUCUCUCUACCGGUAUUUAGAUGAAGAUAUUAUGUAUAUGUAUCAAUGCAUGAAUAUGUCAUUGAUGCAAUACAUCACUUUAUGUAUCAGCAAUAAGAAAAUAUAUGUAUAUAAUGAUUUAUGGUUUCAAUUAAAAUAUUUAACAGAUGA